UGCGGGGGGGUGGGGGAAGGUGGCUGAAGGGACGCGGCACUCGGUGAGCGCGCCGGGGAAGAGAGGCGAGCAGAGAGUGGAGGAGGAGGUGGCGGCGGCGGGAGCGCUCCCCAGGAAUGUCGCUGCCGUCGCCACCGCCGGGGCCACUGCCGUUGAGGAGGAGACAGAGGAGACCGACGUUGUUAGGAAGAUGAUCCGUAUGAUCUUGAAGACCUUUCUGCACAGAAAUGAGGGAAAUACAAAGAACCAAAUACAGUUCUGAAAUUUGGGAUCUGUAUUUUGAGAUGAUUUUAUUUUCAGAAUGAGAAGUAUGUCUGGUUACCUUUAUGAAUGUAGAGACAUGAGAAGAGAGUUAUGAUGGCAAAAAACAAAGAGCCUCGUCCCCCAUCCUAUACUAUCAGUGUAGUUGGACUCUCUGGGACUGAAAAAGACAAAGGUAACUGUGGAGUUGGAAAGUCUUGUUUGUGCAAUAGAUUUGUACGCUCAAAAGCAGAUGAAUAUUAUCCAGAGCAUACUUCUGUGCUUAGCACCAUUGACUUUGGAGGACGAGUAGUAAACAAUGAUCACUUUUUGUACUGGGGUGACAUAACACAAAAUGGUGAAGAUGGAGUAGAAUGCAAAGUUCAUGUCAUUGAACAAACAGAGUUCAUUGAUGACCAGACUUUCUUGCCUCAUCGGAGUACGAAUUUGCAACCAUAUAUAAAACGUGCAGCUGCCUCUAAAUUGCAGUCAGCAGAAAAACUAAUGUACAUUUGCACUGAUCAGCUAGGCUUGGAGCAAGACUUUGAACAGAAGCAAAUGCCUGAAGGGAAGCUCAACGUAGAUGGAUUUUUAUUGUGCAUUGAUGUAAGUCAGGGAUGCAAUAGGAAGUUUGAUGAUCAACUUAAAUUUGUGAAUAACCUUUUUGUCCAGCUAUCAAAAUCAAAAAAACCUGUAAUAAUAGCAGCAACUAAAUGUGAUGAAUGUGUGGAUCAUUAUCUUAGAGAAGUUCAGGCAUUUGCUUCAAACAAAAAGAACCUUCUUGUAGUGGAAACAUCAGCUCGAUUUAAUGUCAACAUUGAGACAUGUUUCACUGCACUGGUACAAAUGUUGGAUAAAACUCGUGGCAAGCCUAAAAUUAUUCCCUAUCUGGAUGCUUAUAAAACACAGAGACAACUUGUUGUCACAGCAACAGAUAAGUUUGAAAAACUUGUGCAGACUGUGAGAGAUUAUCAUGCAACUUGGAAAACUGUUAGUAAUAAAUUAAAAAAUCAUCCUGAUUAUGAAGAAUACAUCAACUUAGAGGGAACAAGAAAGGCCAGAAAUACAUUCUCCAAACAUAUAGAACAACUUAAACAGGAACAUAUAAGAAAAAGGAGAGAAGAAUAUAUAAAUACUUUACCAAGAGCUUUUAACACUCUUUUGCCAAAUCUAGAAGAGAUUGAGCAUUUGAAUUGGUCAGAAGCUUUGAAGUUAAUGGAAAAGAGAACAGAUUUCCAGUUAUGUUUUGUGGUGCUAGAAAAAACACCUUGGGAUGAAACUGACCAUAUAGAUAAAAUUAAUGAUAGACGGAUCCCAUUUGACCUCCUGAGCACUUUAGAAGCUGAAAAAGUCUAUCAGAACCAUGUACAACAUCUAAUAUCAGAGAAGAGGAGGGUAGAAAUGAAGGAAAAAUUCAAAAAGACUUUGGAAAAAAUUCAGUUCAUUUCACCCGGGCAGCCGUGGGAGGAAGUUAUGUGCUUUGUUAUGGAGGAUGAAGCAUUCAAGUAUAUCACUGAAGCUGAUAGUAAAGAGGUAUAUGGUAGGCAUCAGCGAGAAAUAGUUGAAAAAGCCAAAGAAGAGUUUCAGGAAAUGCUUUUUGAGCAUUCUGAACUUUUUUAUGAUUUAGAUCUUAAUGCAACACCUAGUUCAGACAAAAUGAGUGAAAUUCAUACAGUUCUGAGUGAAGAACCUAGAUAUAAAGCUUUACAGAAACUUGCACCUGAUAGGGAAUCUCUUCUACUUAAACACAUAGGAUUUGUUUAUCAUCCAACUAAAGAAACAUGUCUUAGUGGCCAAAACUGUACAGAUAUUAAAGUGGAACAGUUACUUGCCAGUAGUCUUUUGCAGUUGGAUCAUGGCCGCUUACGGUUGUAUCAUGAUAGUACCAAUAUAGAUAAAGUUAACCUUUUUAUUUUAGGGAAGGAUGGCCUUGCCCAAGAACUAGCAAAUGAGAUAAGGACACAAUCCACUGAUGAUGAGUAUGCCUUAGAUGGAAAAAUUUAUGAACUUGAUCUUCGGCCGGUUGAUGCCAAAUCGCCUUACUUUUUGAGUCAGUUGUGGACUGCCGCCUUUAAACCACAUGGGUGCUUCUGUGUAUUUAAUUCUAUUGAGUCACUGAAUUUUAUUGGGGAGUUUAUUGGAAAAAUAAGAACUGAAGCUUCACAGAUCAGAAAAGAUAAAUACAUGGCCAGUCUUCCAUUUACAUUAAUUCUGGCUAAUCAGAGAGAUUCCAUUAGUAAGAAUCUACCAAUUCUGAGGCACCAAGGGCAGCAGUUGGCAAAUAAGUUACAGUGUCCUUUUGUAGAUGUACCUACUGGUACAUAUCCUCGUAAAUUUAAUGAAACCCAGAUAAAGCAAGCUCUAAGAGGAGUAUUGGAAUCAGUUAAACACAAUUUGGAUGUGAUGAGCCCAGUUCCCACCAAUAAGGAUGUAUCAGAAGCUGACUUGAGAAUUGUCAUGUGUGCCAUGUGUGGUGAUCCAUUUAGUGUGGAUCUUAUUCUUUCACCCUUCCUUGACUCUCAUUCUUGCAGUGCUGCUCAAGCUGGACAGAAUAAUUCCCUAAUGCUUGAUAAAAUCAUUGGUGAAAAGAGGAGACGAAUACAGAUCACGAUAUUAUCUUACCAUUCUUCAAUUGGAGUAAGGAAAGAUGAACUGGUUCAUGGGUAUAUUUUAGUUUACUCUGCCAAACGGAAAGCAUCAAUGGGAAUGCUUCGAGCAUUUCUAUCAGAAGUUCAAGACACCAUUCCUGUACAACUGGUGGCAGUUACUGACAGCCAAGCAGAUUUUUUUGAAAAUGAAGCUAUUAAAGAGUUAAUGACUGAAGGAGAACACAUUGCAACUGAGAUCACUGCCAAGUUUACGGCAUUGUAUUCUUUAUCUCAGUAUCAUCGGCAAACUGAGGUCUUCACUCUGUUUUUCAGUGAUGUUCUAGAGAAGAAAAAUAUGAUAGAAAAUUCCUAUUUGUCUGAUAAUACAAGGGAAUCAACCCAUCAAAGUGAAGAUGUUUUUCUACCAUCUCCCAGAGACUGUUUUCCCUAUAACAACUACCCUGAUUCAGAUGAUGACACAGAAGCACCACCUCCUUAUAGUCCAAUUGGAGAUGAUGUACAGUUGCUUCCAACACCUAGUGACCGUUCCAGAUAUAGGUUAGAUUUGGAAGGAAAUGAAUAUCCUGUUCAUAGUACCCCAAACUGUCAUGACCAUGAACGCAACCAUAAAGUGCCUCCACCCAUUAAACCUAAACCAGUUGUACCUAAGACAAAUGUGAAAAAACUGGAUCCAAACCUUUUAAAAACAAUCGAAGCUGGUAUUGGUAAAAAUCCAAGAAAACAGACUUCACGGGUUCCUUUGGCACAUCCUGAAGAUAUGGAUCCUUCAGAUAACUAUGUGGAACCCAUUGACACAAUUUACAAACAGAAGGGCUAUUCUGAAGAGAUUUAUGUUGCACCAGAUGAUAGUCAGAAUCGCAUUAAAAUUCGAAACUCAUUUGUAAAUAACACCCAAGGAGAUGAAGAAAAUGGAUUUUCUGAUAGAACCUCAAAAAGUCAUGGGGAACGGAGGCCUUCAAAAUACAAAUAUAAAUCUAAAACCUUGUUUAGUAAAGCCAAGUCAUACUAUAGAAGAACACAUUCAGAUGCCAGUGAUGAUGAGGCUUUCACCACUUCUAAAACAAAAAGAAAAGGAAGACAUCGUGGAAGUGAAGAAGACCCACUUCUUUCUCCUGUUGAAACUUGGAAAGGUGGUAUUGAUAAUCCUGCAAUCACUUCUGACCAGGAGUUAGAUGAUAAGAAGAUGAAGAAGAAAACCCAUAAAGUGAAAGAAGAUAAAAAGCAGAAAAAGAAAACUAAGAACUUCAAUCCACCAACACGUAGAAAUUGGGAAAGUAAUUACUUUGGGAUGCCCCUCCAGGAUCUGGUUACAGCUGAGAAACCCAUACCACUAUUUGUUGAAAAAUGUGUGGAAUUUAUUGAAGAUACGGGAUUAUGUACUGAAGGACUCUACCGUGUUAGCGGGAACAAAACUGAUCAAGACAAUAUUCAAAAGCAGUUUGAUCAAGAUCAUAAUAUCAAUCUAGUGUCAAUGGAAGUAACAGUAAAUGCUGUAGCUGGAGCUCUUAAAGCUUUCUUUGCAGAUCUGCCAGAUCCCUUAAUUCCAUAUUCUCUUCAUCCAGAUCUAUUGGAAGCAGCAAAAAUCUCAGAUAAAACAGAACGUCUUCAUGCCUUGAAAGAAAUUGUUAAGAAAUUUCAUCCUGUAAACUAUGAUGUAUUCAGAUACGUGAUAACACAUCUAAACAGGGUUAGUCAGCAAAAUAAAAUCAACCUAAUGACAGCAGACAACUUAUCCAUCUGUUUUUGGCCAACCUUGAUGAGACCUGAUUUUGAAAAUCGAGAGUUUCUGUCUACCACUAAGAUUCAUCAAUCUGUUGUUGAAACAUUCAUUCAGCAGUGUCAGUUUUUCUUUUACAAUGGAGAAAUUGUAGAAACCACGAACAUUGUGGCUCCUCCUCCACCUUCAAACCCAGGACAGUUGGAAUCAAUGGUACCACUUCAGUUACCACCACCAUUGCAACCUCAGCUGAUACAACCACAAUUACAAACGGAUCCUCUUGGUAUUAUUUGAGUAGAAAGUGAUUGCAAACAGCCUGGAAUUGGACAAAAAGCAAAUCUAGACAUGCAUGUUUCAGGGUUCAGUAGUAUACUUCAUGUUUCAUACAGAUAAUUCACAUUCAAAAUGACAUUUUCUCUUUGAACUA